AUGGAAAGUUCUUCAGAAGAAGAAAUCCAGUUCUGGAUCUUGCAGGAUGACUGUAAGACGUUCAAGAAUGCUUCAGAUGAUUUUCCGCCAAUAGUUUUCGAGCAGUUUGGAUUCUUUUUGAAUGAAUUAUCACCUAUUGCUUUUUCGAGGGCAAAUAUAGCUCUUGAAAGGACUGCUUUAUCAGUGAGCAAGCGUAUUUCGUGGAUGAUAAAAGAAGUUCUUCCUUUGACAACGACCAAAAAUAUGGUCAUUCUGUCGAAUAGUCUGAGACUAGUGAUCAAGAAACUUGAAGAGCUCUCGAAGAUCCUCCCCUCCUGGAUUCGAGACGUCCAUGAUCAGCUCAAAUCUUCAUUAUCUCUUGUUGACGCUUAUUUGCAAAAGUCUUGUUUAUCUUCAAUUCUGAUGAUUUUCAACUGCCAGGAAAGUCUUGACAUAGAAUUCCCGAAGAGGCCGAUGGAGAGGGACUCUGCAACACCGAUGAUACAGGCGUCAAAAUAUUACAUGCUCAAGCCGGAAAGGGUUAUUCUCGAACGAGUCGUGUAUUAUCUGAGAAAGGCUAACACGCCGAAGAAUCAAGAAGUAGUGCUCUUAUUGGAGCAACUUGGUAGAAGCUCGUGUUCGCUAGACUCAGCCGUCUUGGAUGCGUAUUGUGAUCUUACAGUAGAAUGUACGGAAUCGUACGAUCUUGUCUUCGACACAAAUGAAGAAGACUCGCCAUCUCCAUCGAAUCUCCUCAACGCUUCUCUACCUCUCGAAAUUCCAGAGCUCGAGGAACCUCUAUGGAAAAAUAUGUCUAAAUUGAGCUUUUCAAAAGCUGAUUUCAAAUCAUUCAUUGCACUCCGCCACAGUUCUUGA